GUUCGGUCAGCACUGUUUUCUACCCGGAGUCAUUUAGGAGGCGCACACAUUACAAUGGCAACAUGUUCGAAGAGCAGCAAGGCUGAUGCUGAAGAUGAAAUAAAUGAUCCUGGCGCCGCUCCUUACGGUAACUUCAUAAAUUAUUACAGCUUCAACCCUCCGGAGAACCGCCUGAGUCUGAUUCCACCGGCUCUGCUCAGGGAUUUAGGAUACAGUGAUGAGACCACGCUGAUCCUGGACGUGGGCUGUAACUCAGGGGAACUGAGCGUAGCUUUCUACAAACAUCUGGUGCCUGAGGAACUGUCUGAUAGGAGGAAAGUUCACCUGCUGGGCUUCGACUUGGAUGAGAAACUAGUUCAGCGAGCGGAGGAGAUAAACCCUCUGCCAAGCAGAAUCACCUUCAUCCCUCUCGACAUCACCAAAGACACCAACCAGCUGCAGGACUACCUCAGCCUGCACGGCUGCUCCCACUUCCACUUGUGUCUGUGUCUAGCUGUGACCAUGUGGGUCCAUUUAAACCACGGAGACUCAGGCCUGCUGCAGCUGCUCUCUCGCCUGUCCUCCAUGAGCCAGCACCUUCUGCUGGAGGCCCAGCCCUGGAAGUGUUAUCGCUCUGCAGCCCGGCGGCUGAGGAAGCUGGGACGCCCGGACUUUGACCACUUUAAGACCCUGAAGAUCCGAGGGGAUGUGGCAGAUCAUGCCAGGGAACACCUGGAAAGACACUGUGGCAUGGAGCUAAUCCAGAGCUUUGGUAGCACUGCAUGGGACCGUAAGCUGCUGCUUUUCAGAAAGACGUGAGGGGCUCUGUCAGGAGUUCCCAUCAGCAGGAAGGACAGCAGAAACCAUAAAGACAGAUUGAUAUUAAUCAGCAAUUAGUUUGUUUCUUUUAAAGAAAAUUGCUGCUUCAAAUCUAAAGAUUUCAAAGA